ACGGUUAUCACUUGAAGGAACACGAGCCAAAAGUCCCCUCAUAACGUCAGAGGGAGAAGAGCCUUCCGUCCAUGUCGCCAGUUAUGGAGUGGAUCCCUGCAUCCUUCCUGCUGUUGUGUGUCAUCACCUUGAUCAAUGCAAAGAGCAGUCCGAUAAUACACACAAAUCUUGCUAAAGUGUGUGAAGACACACCAAAAGGUGCCCACGCAUUCAAAAUAAACGCAACAGAUAAAGAUAAUGACGCAUUGACAUACUUGCUCUUUGGGGAAAAUGCUUUAUACUUCAGUGUUGACAGCAAGACCGGAGAUGUGACGGUUUCAAGAAGGCUCGAUAGAGAGACUAAUGAUUUAUUACCACUUGGAGUUACCGUUUCAGAUGGUCACCAUUAUCCGGAGAAAAAUAUAAGCAUAGUUUUAAAGGAAGCCAAUGACAAUAAACCCACCUUUCAUGAGUCUAAUUUUGACGUCGCAGUGAAAGAGAAUACUCCACUAGGUACAACUUUGUUUCAAGCGGUGGCCACUGACGAGGAUAUUUCAACAGGUGGUCAGGUUAAAUACAGCAUUGCUGAUGUUACCCCGAGCCACGGAUCGAAACUAUUUGAUAUCGCUCCCACAACCGGUCAUGUCACUUUGACCGGGCAGCUAAAUUACACUGAACUGAAUACUUAUCGGCUGAGCAUCAAUGCAACAGACGGCGGUGGCAGAUGUUAUUACAACGAGACAAAUUAUUUCUCAAGCAUUGCUUAUUCCGUUAUUACCGUUUUGGACGUCCCGGAUCUCGACCCCAAAUUUUUGGGCCUACCCUAUAUUCAGAGUGUCGAGGAAAAUUCUGCGGUGGACUCUCCUGUUUACACAGUGACAGCCAUAGACCAAGACACUCAAAUCAAUGACAAGAUCAUCUACAGCAUUGAAAAAUCCACUGCAGAUGGGUUGUUUAAAAUUUCAAUGAAUGAUGGCCUUAUUUCUGUGGCUUCCAUAAUCGACAGAGAAAAAAUUGGUGAUAAUGUUAUCCUGACCAUCAAGGCAACCGAGUCCCAGCCAAACAUCCACGGGGUAUAUGCCAGCACCAUGGCACCAGUACACAUCAACAUAAUUGACAUUAUUGACAACAAACCAGAGUUUUACAAAUGUGAAGGCUCAGGAGAGCUGCAAACCUGCGACAAAGCAAGUCAAUUUAAAGUGGACAUAAAAGAGCACUCGCUGGGAACUGUGCCCGUUAACAUGAUGGUCAAAGAUGCAGAUAAGAUUAAAAGCAUUCAACUGACUCUGGAGGGACCAGACAAAGACGUGUUUUCUGUCGAGCCGAAAUCUUCCACGUUUGACAGCGUUGUUCAACUUUUGGUCAAAGAGCCACAAAAACUGGAUUACGAAGACACGGAGCAAAUGGUUGUUGAGGUGAUUGCCAGCGAUCCAGAAGAAAUCAGCUUUGUCUCCACUGCCACAGUUACUAUUACCAUAAUAGACAUCAAUGACAACAAUCCCAAGUUCCCAAAGGAUAGUUACCUAAACUUAAAAGUGCCUGAGCACUCUGACGUUGGCACCGUGGUGGCUACCAUCACCGCAGAUGAUCCUGACACAAUGGACCAAGACAACAUCACCUACACGCUUCAUCCAGAAAGCAUACGGGCCUAUUUUGAUGUGGAGCAAAAAACGGGGGUGAUUUACGUGAAAAACAAGACAUUGUUGGACCGCGAAGUCCGAGCUUUCUACCCUGCCACUCUUCAGGCCAAAGACUCAGAUGGCAAGCCUGACACCGCAUUACUGGAGUUCCUGUUGACCGACAUCAACGACCAGCCUCCAGUCAUCAGCAAGGAAUAUUAUCAGGCGUUUGUUAAAGAGGGUUCACAGCUUGAACUUCAAGUAGAGGCGACUGAUGCCGAUGAGCCAGGCACAUUAAACAGUCAAAUCGUGUAUGCAAUAGUGCCUAGCAAGUACAGUGGUAACUUUACCAUAGACCACAGUACUGGAGUGUUGACGAACCAGGUUGAACUGGACCGUGAGGCUUUGGAUGCUGAGCUGAAGGGGAAGAUUGAGCUCAACGUUACUGCUACAGACAAGGGUUCGCCUCCCUUGUCCUCCAUGGUCAGCGUUAUCAUCAAUGUGGAGGAUGUAAAUGACAACGCACCAGCGUUUAAAAGCUCCUCAUACAAAUUCAGUGUCAAAGAAGGAGAAGCAGGUGCAUUUGUGGGGACCGUGCUGGCUGAAGACUUGGACCAAACAAAAGAUUUCAACCGGAUAUCUCUUCGAAUCAUUGCUGGAGGUUAUGACAGUUUCGCGAUUCUCACCACUCUAGAAGAGCAUAUUUGCAUGGGGAACAUCACAGUGGACCUGGGCAUUGACCUGGACUAUGAGAGCGCGCGGCAGAAGUAUGAGCUGCAAGUGGAAGCCACAGAUUUGGGACAGAAAAAGGCAGUGGUGAUGGUGGAGGUGGAUGUGUUGGACGUGAAUGACGAAAGGCCCGAGUUCUUCCCUUCCAAGCUGGCGAAAGUGAAAGAAAACACGACAGUAUCUGAGGCAAUCGGGAGAUUUACGGCGUGGGAUAAAGAUGGCAACCACUCGCUGAUCUAUGAGUUUGAGUCUCUCAAGUGCAGAUGCAACGGCUCUCUUUCACCUUGUGAGUGGUUCAUUCUGGAGCCCACAGGAGACGUGAUGGUCAAUCCCAAACACACUCUGGAUUAUGAGCUGUGUGACCAGGCGCUGAUGGAGGCUCAUGUAAUAGAUGAGUACACGGAGAAAGGGGAGAACAACAGCGUCGUUCCAGGACUAAUGGAGAUCAACAUUGAAGACAUCAAUGACAAUGCCCCACAAUUCAUCUUCUCAGAUUCUGUCUUUGUUGUGGUAUCCGAGACUGCAAGCAAGGGGACAUCAGUUGGAGGAGUCAAAGCAAGUGAUCGUGACACAGGGGUUAACGCACAGCUUGAAUUUAAAGUAAGUGAAGUGCGAUUUGAGGACAUCAAAAACCAAACAAGCAGUGAAAGGCUUCUGUUUGAGGCAGUUACAACGCAGCAAAAGGACAUUUACAUUGGGAUCAUUCAAACCACCGAGGGGCUUGAUGUCACUCAGAAAGGGAAAUAUUUGGUAACAGUGUCUGCAACCGACACCGGUGGCCUUUCCACCAAUACUACCCUCGAGAUUUUCUUAGUUGACGCAUCUUAUAAAGUCGAACUUCGGUUCAGAAAGUCGCAUACCGAGGUUGAAAACAAUAAGGCCGGUAUUAUCAGGGCGCUUACAUCUGCCACCAAAGCAAUGGUUGAGGUUAUUGCCAUCAAGCCAGACACUUCUGAAGAAUCCAGGGCUUCGGUUGGUGCAAUCAUGGUGGCGUAUUUUCUUUAUUCAAAUGGUACGGCUCUCAUGUCAAAUGAAGUGGAGCUGAUGAUUGCUGAGCCCAAACAUGCAAUUGCACUGGAAGAGUUGGGGCUCGUGUACAUUGGUGGUUCAUCGGUCAAACCUCAGGAGUCAGAAACUCUGAAAUUCACUCUGAUUGGCAUCGUGGCAGGUCUCAUAAUCGUUCUGGUUGUCCUCGUCACUUCACUAGUUUGCACUCGCAGAAACUACAGGAGGAAGCUCAAGGCAGCGAAAGCCAUGAACUCUGCAACCAUGUUGGGAUCUGACAAACAUAAAAGUGGACCAAUGGUGCCAGGGACAAACAAGUACACCAUGGAGGGGGCAAACCCAGUUCUUAAUCUCAACAUUGACACAGCCAUGGUCCUGGACCUGGAAGAGGAGAGCUCAGAUGUUGACAAAGUCAGCCUUGACUCCCUCGACUACAGUGAUGACUUGAACAAGUCUGAGAACGAUGUAAAACCUGUUAUGGAUCCUAUUCAGGACGAAGAGGAACUGGAGGAUAACGGGCCACCCGAGUACAUUGAACCUCUGGGUGCGGCCCUAGCCGAGCGGAGCCAGAAAAAGGGCUCGGACAGUCAGAGAGUUGGUAUCAGCAACCCUGCAUUCAGCACCACAGACCUGUGAUGCCAUGCGAGACAGCGAGCGACCAAGCAAUCGGACGACCAAAUCGGCAAUCAAACACAAUGUUGAAUUUUUCAAACUUGGAUGCACAACUUGGACAAGGAUGCUACUGAGAAUGUGAACAUUUAACUGGUGGACUGACUAUUGUAAACAUUCAUUGUCAGCAAAACUAAAAGAAAAACCAAAAAUGACACCAAUAUCACAAUACCAUAUUUGCAUUAUCUUUACAUUAUUGUCUGAAUCAUUUUAAAGAGAUAGGUUUGUCAAAUGGUUAAACAAAUGAUUCAACUUAUUUUAAAUGCUGAAAACGGUCUUUUGUACAACCAAAUCCCAACUCACUAUCCGUAUGCGGUGUAUCUAGGAUAUUUUUAGUUUCACCACAUCUAAGCAAACACAUUUGGAUGAUUGUUGUUUUGCAAAACCUGUGAAAUAAGAAUUACGAUCAUCAAAUUUAUUGUCAUCAAAGAACACACUUUAUCGAUGUAUAUACAUUAAAUGUAUAAUUUGCAUUUACCUGUCGUGAUGCAGACCCUGGACCAGGAGCUUCAUCCGGGGAGAACUAAUGGCCUCAAAGUGCCAGCCAAUCUCUCUUGAUUGUUUUAUUUCAAAACCAACGUGUUGUACAAAUGCCUGAAUCUUUGUAAUAUAACACUGGAGCUAUCGAUACUGUAAAUGCAUUCAGUAUUUGUAAAUAUCCAAGAUAAACUUCAGUUGGUUCAGAUGCAGAUUCAUAGAUUCUAGAUUUGUUUUAUCCAACAUUUCAAUCAAUCCUGCAUUUUCCAACCCAGUCUUGCUACAUCUCGCACACUCAGAAAAGUAUCACACCCUGGCUGCAACUGUAGUACUGAUCUUGAUUCUCUCAGAGUAUUCUUAUAAAAUGUAAUCACACUGACAUCAUUUGGAGGACAGAAACCACCAAGGCAAGGUAGAACCCGUUUUGUGCAGAGGGUAAUCUUUAUUUUGGUCACUAUGUUAAAAAGCAGCCAUUUGAAAACAGAAGGAAUUGUGUCACCAGUUAUAGAAACAGACAAUGCAAGUGAUGUCACCCUUUGACAUUAAAAAAAAAGAUAUUGCAUUGCUUCAUUGGAUGACUUGAAGAUUGUACGUUUGACAAAAUGUGUCAGUCUACCUUGUUUGCUGGUGUUUAUGUCGACUGUGGGACUUCAUGCAGCGUGAGCUCAUUACUAGAAGCAUAGAAAAAAAAAGUUCACCUCUAAAUUAAUGUAUAAUAGUGCAAUAAAUAAAUAAACAAAUACAUCAAAUGUGGAUGUAACUCGAAUUGUCUGCACAGCAAAUAUCACGGACCAACAACUCCGAAACUAAACUAUAUCAAACAUAACAUUCAGCAUGUAAGAUUGAAAUAAGAUUGCUUCGUUUUUGAUAACAACUAAAUGAAUAUAAAUGGCAAAAUUGGCAGCAACAACGCAUGACUGACCUCAUAACUUGUGAUCAUGAUUGUGCUUUUGUGCUCUGAUUGAUGCCUUUUGUCAAGUUCCCACAAAACAAACGUCAGAAUGAAAAGCCCAUGACAAGAAACUACACAAAAAGCCUGCGCUGACAUUGGAGAGUCUCUCACACAUUUAGAUUUGAAGUUCACACCCCGCACACAACUCGCCCACAUUUAACAGCAUAAAACUCAUUGACCGAGAGGCCGUAAGUCUGUUUUCCAGCGCUGUCCAUGCAGCUGGUUUGACGUGGCAACUUGUUGCCGUGGUUUUAUCUGGAAUGUAUGAUGUGCUUUAGCGAUAAAAUCAGCUAUAUAAAUGAACAAAAGAAAUAACAUUCUGCGGCAUGAAUAUUUAAGGAGAAUAGCAAUAAC